GACGAGAGAAGAAUGGCUAUGACCAAAAAACGCCAGUUAGCGCCGGGUUGCCUGAAAUUAAUGUUGUUUGGCUAGGUCUAUUUUUACCCCAGUGCACUGCUGUGUUUUUAGGUUUGGAGAAGAAAACUUUCUCUCCCCCCCCCCCCCCCCCCCCAUGCUAACGGAGUCCCAGACUCUCCCUUCUCAACGCGAAAAAAGAAAGCAGCAAAGACAAGAGUUAUUUGUUAGCAAAGAAGCUGCUAUCAAGAGCUGCUGCUUUGUCUUUGGGGCUGCUUCGAUGAUUGCUUCCCAGCUUUGGGGGAACUGGCUUUAACUUAAUCAUAUUCACAUGACCAACCCUACAUUAGAAAAAAAGAGUAAUGCAAAAAGAGAGAGAGAGACGUCGGAGAGUGGCGGUUGUCCUCCGGCAGAGAGAGAGAGAGAGAGAGAGAGAGAGAGAGAGAGCUGUCAGACUUAGGGGAGGGCGCAGCUUUUCUCAGACGUGCAAUUUUAACCCCAUUCGAGAGGCCGGUCCAGUAAGGAAGCAAAGGGCUGGCGAUCGCUUGCAACAAAGGCUCGGGACUUCCCUCUUGCGUUACACUGGAGCCGAGGCGCGUGAGAUCCGCUGCAGGAAACAGGUUCUCCCCUCGCCCUGUGGCGCGUGCAUUUCUUCCUUUCUUCCCGCCGGGCGACUGCGAGGAGCCCCGUCUGCCCCGAGCGCCUGAUGCUCCGCGCCAGGAGGCAGGAUGGUCGCGCCCGAUCGGAGAGGCGCUAAGCCGGAUCGCCGCCGCGCCUUGUGGUGCCUCUGCCUACUGUUGCUGCUGCUGCUGCCCGUGCCCGGCGGGGGGCUGUCAGUGCAGCACAAGUUCGUCUCGGCCACGGCCACCAACAACUUCGCGCUGGAUGGGUCGGGGAGCAAGAUCUACCUGGCGGCGGUCAACCGGCUGUACCAGCUGUCGGGCCCCAGCCUGACGCUGGAGGUGGAGGAGCAGGUGGGCCCCCGGGAGGACAGCCCGCUGUGCCACGCGCCGCAGCUGCCCCAGGCGUCGUGCGAGCACGCCAAGAAGCCCACCGAUAACUACAACAAGCUGCUGCAGCCGGACCCAGAGCAGGGCAUCCUGGUGGUGUGCGGCUCGGUCUACCAGGGCUUCUGCCAGCUGCGCAGCAUGGACAACAUCUCCGUCGUGGCCGUGGCCUUCCCCCCCGGGGCGGCAGGGGGGCACGAGCAGGUCCCGGUCUUCCCCAGCAUGCUCAACGUGGCCGCCAACCACGCCAACGCCUCCACCGUCGGGCUGGUGCUCCGGCAGCCCGGCCGCGCCCCGCGGCUCCUGGUGGCGUCCACUUACACGGGCUGGGGCAGCGCGUUUUUCCCGCGCAACCAGAGCCUGGAGGACCACCGCUUCGAGAACACGCCCGAAAUCGCCAUCCGCGCCCUCGACGCCCGCGGCGACCUGGCGCGCCUCUUCACCUUUGAUAUCAACCCUUCCGACGACAACGUCUUCAAGAUCAAGCAGGGCGCCAAGGAGCGCCACCGCCUCACCUUCGUCCGCGCUUUCCUGCACCGCGGCAGCCAGGCGCCCCCUCCUGCUCCUCCUGCUCCUCCUCCUCGCCCCCAGGGGGACCCCGGCUCCCAAGGCGCCCCCUUCCCCGACAGGGCCUCGCCCUCGGGCCGCCCUGCAGGCUCUUACGCCUACCUGGCCCUCAACAGCGAGGCCAACGCGCGGGAGAAGGAGAGCCACUUGCAAAGCCUGCUGGCCCGCAUCUGCUUGGGCGACGCCACGACCCUCAAUGGCAGCGACGGCGGCGCGGAGACCAAGAAGCUGACCGAGUCCUACAUCCAGAUGGGGCUGCAGUGUGGCACGGGCGGGGGGGUGGCCGGCGGCGCCCUCUUCCACCGGCUGGUGUCCGUCUUCCCCGCCCGCGCCGCCCUGCAGGUGGCCGCGGGGAGCCCUGGGCCGCCCCCGCCGGAGGAGCUGCUCUUCGGGGUCUUCGAGAAAGCCGUCGGGGGUCCCGGGCCUGGCGGGCGGCUGGCUCCUGUGCCGUCGGCGCUGUGCGUCUUCCGCUUCGCCGAGAUCGAGGAGGCCAUCCGAAAGGCCCGCCACUCGUGCUUCGUGGCGCCAGACGCCGGGCUGGUCGCCGUGCUCGACAGCGUGGUGCAAGGCACCGGCCCGGCCUGCGAAAAGAGGCGCAUCCAGUUGCAACCAGAACAACUGGACUGUGGAGCAGCACAUCUUCAGCAUCCGUUGUCAAUCCUGCAACCUAUCAAAGCGAGGCCUGUAUUCACUUCAACAGGCCUUACGUCAGUAGCAGUCUCCAGUGUCAAUAAUUACACAGUUGUGUUUCUGGGAACAGCAAAUGGAAGACUCCUUAAGAUUAAUCUGAACAGUUCUAUGAAGGUGAUAAGUAGGGAGUCAAUUACGGUGGCUUAUGGUGAACCUGUCCACCCCCUCAUGCAGUUUGAUCCUUCUGACUCCAGCUACUUGUAUUUGAUGACCUCCCAUCAGGUAGCUCGCGUGAAAGUAUCUGUCUGUGACCAAUAUGCCACAUGUAACGAGUGCUUAGCUGCAGCCGAUGCUUAUUGUGGAUGGUGCACCCUAGAGACCAGGUGUUCUGUGCAGCAUGAAUGUGCUAACUUUGUUGAACCCAAUUUCUGGAUAAGUGCGAGUGAAGGAGUGCGCCAGUGCCCUUCGAUGACCAUAAUACCCUCAGAAAUAAACAUUGAUGAGGAGAACCAGGCCAUGAUAAUCCAGAUACAUGGGAAUAUUCCAAAUCUGAAUGGAAUGAAGAUGUCUUGUGAUUACGGGAAUGAUGUCACCACUGUAGCCACUGCUGCUAAAGUUCCUGCAGAUUCUUUGAACCAAUUUGUUUAUUGCAAUUUUCUUCCCAGAGAGAAGUAUCCAGCAUUCCCAUCAAAUCAAGACCACGUGAUUGUUCAAACUGCUGUGAGGGUCAAUGGCAAAAGCAUUGUAUGGGCCAAUUUCACCAUCUAUGACUGCAAAAGAACGGGAAACGUCUACCCAAAGACGGCGUGUAUCAGCUGCCUCUCGGCUAGAUGGAAGUGUUACUGGUGCACUCAAAGAUAUACCUGCGUUUCCAAUGUCUCUGAGUGUGAAGGAUCAAUACAGAUGAAUAAAAGUACUGAUUGUCCACACAUCAUGUCUGCCUCUACAGCCCCAGUGUCAACUGGGACUUCCCAGGACAUCACCAUUACCUUGAAGAAUGCUGCUUUUGUAAAGGAAAUGCCUUUGGAAUGUCACUUUGGAACUGACAGGAUUUUUGAGGCCCAGUGGCUGAAUGUAUCUACUGUUCAGUGCAACAAUGUGCUUCUUUACACUUCAGAGAAAAGACACCUCUUUCCAGUAAACCUUCAGCUGAGAGAGAAACCUGAUAGAUUUAUCGACAGUCCACAGAUGAUGACAGUGGAAAUUUAUAAUUGUGCAACUGGAACUUCAGACUGUUCUCAGUGUCUUGGGAGAGAAGAUCUGGGUCAUCGAUGCAUUUGGAGUGAAAGUAGUUCUAGUUGCAGACUAAACACUGAAUCCCUGCAGAUACCAAGCAUGUGCCCUCCUCCUGAGAUUAGGAAGAUUGAGCCCCUGACUGGGCCCCUGGAAGGAGGAACUCUGGUCACAAUACGAGGAAGAAAUCUGGGCCGCAGGUUCAGUGAUGUCGUUAAUGCUGUCAGGAUAGGAAAUGUGAAAUGUUCACCGCUCCAGGACAGAUAUAUAGUCUCUGAGGAAAUUGUGUGCUGGACUGGAGAUGCUGCAGAAGAAUUUUCUGAUGUGGUGUCAGUAAAUGUGAGCAGAGAAGGAAGAUCCAAGCGAUUCUCCUAUGUGCUUCCAGUGGUUAAAUUCAUAUCUCCAUCAACUGGCCCUAAAGCAGGAGGAACCAAAGUAACCAUUACAGGGAAUAAUCUCAAUGUGGGGUCUGAUCUACGAGUUCUGGUCAAUAGCACAAAAGAAUGCAGAGACCUCAGUCGUACUGACACUACCAUUACUUGCACUAUGCCAGGUGUGGAGAUUACUACUACCGUGAGAGUCUGUGUCCAGUUUGAGAACAAGUCUUGCAUCAGUGAUAACUGUACUUUCACAUAUGAAAAAAAUCCAGUUAUUACCAGCAUCAGCCCCCAAAAGAGUCAGGUCAGUGGAGGCAGGAUCAUCACUGUGGAAGGAAAUGGAUUUUUGAUGGCUCAGAAUGUGUCUAUGGUAGUACAUGCUAUUGGGAAAGAACAAACGAACUGUAAGGUUCACACCGACACUGUGAUUACCUGCCCCUCUCCAGCUGCCUCCAACCUCACAGUGGGGAGGAAGCCAGCACUAGUGGACUUCUACAUCAAUGGACGCUUGUAUGCCGAUGAUAGCCUGUUCCCCCUUGAACAUCCUGAGGAUGCCAUGCACAUCAGCAAGUUCCACCUGGAAUACUAUGCCGACCCCCAGUUCUUCACAGCCAAAAAGGAAAAGUGGAUCAAACACCAUCCCGGAGAGCCUUUGACACUUGUCAUACAUAAAGAGCCUGACAACCUUGGCCUGGAAAGCAAUGAGUAUGGAGUUAAAAUUGGUCUGAUUUCCUGCGAGAUACAAAUAGUUUCAGACAAAGUCAUUCACUGCUCUGUCAAUGAGUCUUUCAGCACUUCAGAAGGACAGCUCCCUGUUACGAUCCAAGUUGGGAAAUUCAUUCAGACUAUUGCUAUGCUGCACCUUGGAGGAAGUGAGAUGGCUAUUACAGUGUCCAUAGUUGUCUGCGGUAUCUUGUUGCUUCUCUCUAUAGUAGGCCUUUUUGUUUUUUGCAACAAGAGCCGCCGGGCAGAGCGUUAUUGGCAGAAAACUCUGCUGCAGAUGGAAGAGAUGGAGUCCCAAAUCCGGGAAGAAAUCCGCAAAGGGUUUGCUGAGCUCCAGACAGAUAUGACAGACCUGACCAAGGAGUUAAACCGCAGCCAGGGAAUCCCAUUCUUAGAGUACAAGUAUUUUGUGACUCGGACUUUCUUUCCCAAAUGUUCUUCUCUCUAUGAAGAGCGCUAUAUUUUGCCUUCCCAACAUGUCAAUUCACAGAUGGGAUCUCAGAUCCAGGAAACUCACCCAUUACUGUUGGGAGAAUGGAAAGUUCCUGAGAAUUGCAGGCCAAAUAUGGAAGAGGGAAUUGCAUUGUUUUCCACCUUACUCAAUAACAAGCACUUUCUCAUUGUGUUUGUCCAUGCUCUUGAGCAACAUAAAGAUUUUGCUGUUAGAGACAGAUGCAACCUGGCCUCCUUGCUUACUAUUGCAUUGCAUGGGAAACUGGAGUACUACACCAGCAUCAUGAAGGACCUAUUGGUGGAUCUCAUUGACGCCUCUGCCUCUAAAAAUCCCAAACUUAUGCUAAGGAGAACAGAGUCUGUGGUUGAAAAGAUGCUGACCAACUGGAUGUCUAUCUGCAUGUACAGCUUUCUCAAAGAAACAGUUGGGGAGCCCUUCUUCCUGCUACUCUGUGCUAUCAAACAGCAGAUCAAUAAAGGAUCUAUAGAUGCCAUCACCGGAAAAGCCAGGUACACUCUCAGUGAAGAAUGGCUACUGAGAGAAAACAUUGAAGCAAAGCCACGGAAUCUUAAUGUGUCUUUCCAAGGCUGCGGGAUGGACUCCUUGAGCAUUCGGGUCAUGGAUACAGACACUGUCAGCCAAGUUAAAGAGAAGAUUCUUGAAGCCUUUUGCAAGAAUAUUCCAUAUUCCCAGUGGCCAAGAGUAGAAGACGUUGACCUUGAAUGGUUUGCCACAAGCACUGACAGCUACAUCCUUCGGGACCUCGACGACACGUCAGUGAUGGAGGAUGGCAGGAAGAAACUGAACACGCUAGCACAUUAUAAGAUCCCUGAUGGUGCCUCACUUGCUAUGAGUUUAACUGAUAAGAAAGACACCACUCUAAGCAGAGUGAAAGAUUUGGACACCGAAAAAUACGUUCACUUGGUUCUUCCCACAGAUGAACUGAAUGAAAAUAAGAAAUCUCAUCGGCAAAGUCAUAGGAAAAAAGUCCUUCCUGAAAUCUACCUGACCAGAUUGCUCUCCACAAAGGGCACACUUCAGAAAUUCCUGGAUGACCUGUUCAAAGCCAUUUUAAGUAUCCGAGAGGACAGACCACCUUUGGCUAUCAAGUAUUUCUUUGAUUUCCUGGAAGAACAAGCAGAGAAACGGGGAAUCUCUGAUCCAGACACAAUGCACAUUUGGAAAACCAACAGCCUACCUCUGAGAUUUUGGGUCAACAUUCUGAAAAACCCACAGUUUGUCUUUGACAUCGACAAAACGGAUCAUAUAGAUGCCUGUCUCUCUGUAAUAGCUCAGGCCUUUAUCGAUGCUUGCUCCAUCUCUGAUCUGCAGUUGGGCAAGGAUUCACCUACUAAUAAACUGUUGUAUGCCAAGGACAUUCCUGAAUACAGAAAAAUAGUGCAGAGAUAUUAUAAACAGAUUCAUGACAUGCCGCCUCUCAGUGAACAAGAAAUGAAUGCACACCUAGCAGAGGAGUCCAGGAAAUGUCGCAAUGAGUUUAACACCAAUGUGGCUAUGACUGAAAUUUACAAGUAUGCCAAGAGAUACCGCAACCAGAUUGUGAAUGCAUUGGACUCCAACCCCACAACAAGACGCACACAGCUGCAGCACAAAUUUGAGCAAGUGAUCGCACUCAUGGAAGACAAUAUCUACGAGUGCUGCAGCGAGGCCUAAGCAGCAACCCAGACUUGCUUUUGCGUCUAGAAGUGACCUUCUCUACAGUGCACUGUCUUUUAGGGAACACCCUUUCAAAGUUGUGUGUCAAAAUGUAGCCUGUUGUAUGUAUAUAGUAUCUAACAAAAUGAUUCAGCGGUGGGUCUGACCAGUCUCCUUAAACCAUCUGGUGAAAUGAGGGUUGUCUACCAAACAGCUUGAAAUCCCUUAUGUGAGCUGCACUGCAUGACACUCGUAAUUUAUUUGAUCUUUCAGACAGAGGCACAACACUUGCGCUGCCAAACGCAGUAGCUUCUUCUAAAGAGCUCCUGCACUUGUUCAAAGCAGCCGUCUUCCCCUUCGUUUUCCCAAAGAGACUGUGGUGGCCAGGAUAUGAAAGCAAAGAUGGGCUGGCUGGGCAAAAAACAACAGAGAAGCCUUAGGGAGUAAUAAUAGGAAGGUUUUAAAAGGCCAAUGAAGCAACCGUAAUAUUCCCUCUGACAGUGCCCCUCUUCUUUCUGUGUACUUAAAUUUCAGGGAAUCCAUUUACUGUACACAGCGUGCUGCAUUAGAUGUAUUUUGUGCCUUUUAUUUUUGUACUGUACAUGUAAACGUAGCCACACCUACAUCCAAAGCUGGAAAAAGGUGAGGAACUUGCAGACUAGACAAUGCAGUUGCUUCCUAAGUAGUCAUGACAUAUGAAAGCACUUUACUCUUAACGGAAAUGGCUGUUAGCUUGCUGGAGAGAUCAUUAUUGCCUAGUGAACAGUGUCAGAGAAGAACAAAUAGUGCAGCUGUUCCCAUUUCCCAGAACUUCCCAGAUGUUCAUGCACCAUGAAUUUCAUUCAGCAGAUUCUUCUAAAUGCCCAUCUGGCUCCAGGAAUACUUUUUCCUAAAAGGAGAAAAAAUAUAUAUACCACAGGGGUCAAAGGGAAGCACUUCCUUUCCUUUGUUCUACCUCCCCCCCCACCCCACUUGCUAUUUUAGAGGGAAAGGACAGAGUUGAACUCUUGGCUCUGCAUAAAUCCAAAGUUCACACUGUUGGUUUAACACAAGAACAGUGGUAAUUUCAAUAAAGCAAAAAUGGUGUCUGUUUGUAAUCCAACUUCUGUCAUAAGGAACAUACUUUUAUGUACGAUGAAAAGUUCAUUAUGCUGUUAGAGGGCGGCUUCCUGUGUUAUGUAGUUAGCACGUAUAUGUAUCCUGCACACUGAAACCAUAUUGUUUGGUUUAAAAGAAAUCAAGUGUAUAAAAUGCAAGUUUGAUUCAGAUGCAUGUGGCAGGGAAGUCCUGGUGAUUGGUAACACCCUUCGUUGCGUACCUAAAUGGGAAAUUUGUUUUCCCAAAAAAACAUGAGAAAUGGAUCUGAGAGUUGACUCAAAGGCUGGAGGACAGAGUAGGAAGACAUAACUGGGAUUAACAAGGAAGUUACAAUUACGGUGCAGUACUAAACAGAGUUGCAUCUUUCUGAGUCCACUGAAAUCAAUGGCAGUGUGUGUCUAAACCAUUUUCCCCUUUUCUGUUUCAAAAGUAUUUCCUCCAUACCAUGUUUUCCCCUGAACAUAUGGAACCCCGCAGAGAGCAAGGCAGGUUGGCAAACCAGUUUGGAGUACAAGAAAAGGUUAAAUACAGACAACCCCUCUUUACUCCCAAACAUCCCUAUCCUGAAAUCCCCCUUUUUUGUGGGGGGGUUGGUAAAGACCAUGUGGGUUAUGUUUCACCCAACUGUCUAAAAUCAUUGGGAAAAUUAGCCCACUGAUUUUCAAACUGUUCUCUAUUCGGUGUUUGCCAGUCAAAGUAUCAUUAAGUCCAGAAUGUAAUUCCCUUAACUGUUCCUUAUAUGCCUUUACAUUGACUACAGGAAAAAAAAGUUUGUUUUUUCUUUUUUGCUGUAAGGAAGAACAACAGUGGUCCUAGGCUUGUGUUUCUCUCAGAAUUCCCCUUUAGCUUCGUAGGUAGCUGCCUGUCGGCAAUGGCCAUUGAGUGCAAGUCAAUCCAAACUCACCCCAAGAGCAUUGCAUCCAGCUAAUGCUACUGACAACAUCAAUCUCAGAAACUGCCAAAUAACGCUUAAAAAUAUCACACUACCUCACCAAAGGCAAAAGGUCUAAAGGGGGGUCACUACAGUUUGAGCCUAGAAUUUAAUCACUUGGGUGGGAACCAAACUUUUUUAAUUGAAUUUUUUUUCAACAGAAUUCAAUUUUUUCCAAUUGAAUGUUAUUUCGUUGUUCAGUUGUUGCUUUAUGUAGUUAGACUGGCUUUACAUCAUUCCCAGAUGCCGAGUGCAGAAUUAUUAUAUGAAGGAUCAAAGUGUCACUAUGUGUUUUUUUUAUAUAGUGGUAUAUAAAUACCAGUAUGUAACAAAUACAGAUUUUAUCCAAUGCAAAAAUAAAGAGGAAUAUAAAGACACGAAAAAGAGAAAUGCGAAAAGAAACACUCACUGAGCAAGUCUCUAUGUGUUUGUUGAGAAAAGAACUGCAGAAGAGAAAUGUUUAAAAUGUAGCUGGGCUACAUGUAACUUUGAAAGAGAUUUUCUUUCUUUUUUUCUUUCUUUUUUGGAACUGUGAAGAGCUGCCAGUGACACACUUCCACACAGAGAGCCAUCUCAGGAACCUGGACAGAAAAACCUGGACAGAAAGUUCCAGUUUGGAGAAAGGAGCUGAAAGCAAGCAGGCAAAGAAUGGUUGUUUCUGGUGCUAGACAAGGCUUUCAUAUGAGGAGUCAUCGGUGCCCAAUUAGGAGCGCCGGAAGCCACUGCUUGGACUGGCCCUUUGGCGUGGGAGGCUUCUCCAUCGCCAGUUGUUAUAUCCCGAGUGUGUGUGUGUGUGUCCGUAUGUGUGCGUGCGUGCGUGCGUGCACGCCAAGCAAUGUGCUUGGCUCGUGUGUUUUAUGGCAUAUGCUUUAUUAUUUAAUUCUUCGUCCAAAUAUUUGCUACAACCAUUGGAAAGAAAUAAGUUGUCUACAAACCAGAAAUGGAGGGGUUGGUGCUAUUGCCCAGAGCCCAACCCCCAUUGUAAUAUAUUUUUAACUUUGUCAUGUUAUAUGUAGGAGUGGGGGGGGGGGGGGUUUCCUUACCUGCUGUUUAAUGGAAGCGGCAGAAUCUUUGGAAAAAUAUCUUUGUAAUAAAACAAGAUGUUCAAACACAUCAAUAACUGUGUGGGAUGUUUCCAUUAAAAUGUUUGGAACAGAAGCAAAA